UCGGCGUCGGACGUCGGAGCGCGACACAGCAACACGAGCUUGUACCAGUCCCUAAAGAAAUCUUUACUUCGGGAGUUUAAAAAGUUCGAGAGAGGCUUCGACCCUUUCUUCUUUUACAAUCCUCGGGUCGUUUCUUCGUAUAAACUGAAGAUCCGUUGGUCGAGGUGGACGUUAAGGGCUGCGAGCGGCGGCUCUGGCCGCAGUGGCGGCCGACGAAGGUCUUCGUCGAGCUGGAGACCUCGUCAAGAGCAGCAGCAGCAGGAGCAGCAGCAGCAGCCCUUGCUCUCUUUAAAUAGCAGCGGCAAUAACAACGGCGAGGAGGAAGAAGAGGACUACUACCAUCACUAUCGCUGGGAGCAGGAAGGCGCUGGACGCUACCGAGAGUCCAGCCUCUCGUCCUCCUCGUCUUUGUCCGACGAUCGGGAUCGAUCGGACUGCUUCAACGGCAAUCGCGACGAGUACGACGGGGAUCGAGACAACAUGAUGGACACGUCGAGCCGUAUACCUCGAAGUCCAGCUCCGAGGCUUAUUUUUCUAUUCGCUACGCUCACCCUUACCGUGGCUGCCACCAUUUUGCUCUGCGGCGCCAUCAUGUCCGACCACUGGGAGGAGGUCUACUGGGACCGCGAAAUCCUCGACAGGCUCAACGUCAGCCCCAGAAUACGCUGGUACCUGGACGACAAGGUCGGCAAGCUCGACUCUGCCUACAACAAUCGUCCGCGCGUCGAUGAGGAUCAUCGGGUCGUUCAGACAAUCGGUAACGCACCACCACCCCCACCGCCGCCGCCGCAGCAGCAACAAUCUCAUUCCGUCGUCGAUGCAGUGGGAGUACACUUGAUCAACAAGCAUAACAACGACAAAAAUACGGCACCAGCGCCGGCUUUUAUCGUACCCAUGCAUGGCGGCAUCUGGACUCUAUGCGUCUCUUUGACAGACCUCGAGAUCGAGCUUUUGGGCCAAGUGGAUUUUCCUCAAGAGCGCUGCAUCAAUUAUCUGAAACCGGACGAGGCGCACGAGGAGCUGCGCGCCGCCUGGCAGAACCGCAUGCAGAACUUGAGCAUAUCCUGCUCGCUGGUCUGUCUAAUAAUCCUCGGCUCGGCCGUGAUCGUCGGCUUCUUCGGCCUCUGCCGUCAUCAAAUAUCAGCCGUCCUCAUUACCGGAGUCAUGUAUCUUCUAGCAGCGAUCUUCGCGCUCUUCACUCUGAUGAUCCUCUACAACAAGCGAAGCGGCCAGGAUCGCAACAGCGGCGGCGGCCGAGUCAACGUCAACGGGCCCGAGGACGGCGUCGUCGGUGGGCCCGUCGAUCGACACAUCCUCAAGGCCCGACGCUUCGCCUUCUCCUGGUCCAUGGACUUCGGCUGGGGUGGCGUCACCCUGUCCGCACUGGCCUCGAUCGCCUGGAUUCUCCUGAGCAAGAUCAUGAGGUUCUCGCCGAUCGCCGCUAUGAUAGCGUAGCAGCGCGAGGCCUUCGAGGUUUAAGGCGAAUCGUUGAGAUAACGCACACAGCCGCUAAUUAUAUAGUGCAGCGUUAUGUAAAAGGUAGCCGCGCGCUUUUUCUACUUUGAAAUCUUUGUUUUUUGCUGCGAUAGACGAUGCGAAAGAGAAAGAUCGAUGAGCUACGUAGAAUUGUCUUAAAUUGUUUCCAUCGACAAAAUAAUGUUUCAUCUAGUUCCGCGACAAUCAGCUUUUUUCUAACUACGAAAUUUUACGUAGCUCGCGCAAAAAGGGCCAGGCCGCUUAAAUACGAAAGUCUAAAUGAAUAAACCUCGAAGGCUGAGAAAAUAAAAAAAAAAACGCGUGAAAAAUCACGAGAAAAUUCGAUUGUGAAAACUAUAGUGCUUUAGUUCUGUCUAAGCUUCAUUAAGUGCUUUAUCGAAUAGCUCAACGCGCUGACACACGCACGACAGGAUGUAAAAAAAAAA